GCCACACGUGUGUCGAUGACUGCAUCCACUUCAAUCAACGAAAAGUCUCAAUCCAGAAGCACAACUCACCGCUGGCGAUUCACAUCCAGAGCCCUUCGAUCGACAAAUACGUCGACACGCACGCAAAACCAGUCCUUCUGUCCGUGAGCCAUCAUCCGACCGCCUGACCAGCCGGCCGCCCUCCCGCUCGCAACCAAGUCAGUCAGUCAGUCAGUCACACGUCUGGUUCCUCCCUGCACCUAACAGAACACACACACACACACGCACAAGCUUAUAAUGCAUGCGAUGCGUCUGUGGGCACACCCAUGGCCACCUACACACCCAUCUGCCCACCCGGAGGUCGCGAACGGGUUAGGUACCCGCACAUAGAAGUGGUCGUGGGGCCAGCCAGCCUUCCUCGCCCGCAGCAUCAUGUAGUCGUCCUCGUCGCGAAUCCUGAUGGGCCGCGCCUCGAUCAGCCGCGUCAGCUGAUGCAGCACCUCCUCCGCUGCCGCCGUCCCCCUCUGCAGCGGAUCGGGCCUGAUCAGCUGUGCGAUGAUCGUCCUGCCGGCUCUGAUGCGGUCGCGGAAACCCUUAACUUUCUCAUCCAUGACGGCAUCCACGCCUCCUCCUGGCACCUCCUGCACCUGGAAACAGCUGGUCAGACGGUGGACGAAGUUCUCUACGGUCUCGGACUCCUUCGUGACACACAGGCGGGCGAGGCUGAACCAGCUCUGCUGCCCGCCCCUGACGCGAGAGAUGCACUCGGCCAGGGCCUCGAGACUGGUGGCCGCUGUCGUCCCGCCUCCCUCCUGCGCCCCCGCCCCCGCCCCUGCCCCCUCGGCCACCCCGCCCCUGUCUCGCUGGGCGGCCAGAUGCAGCAGAUGCAGAUUGGUGCCAUCGAUCUGGAACUGCCAUCGGAGGUCCUGGUCGAUCUGCCUCCCCGUCUGCUCGAUGACCCUUUUGCCCGAGAGAAACGACAGCGCCGCCAUCGCCCCGCUCCAGUAGUCCUGGCGGUGGUCAAACCCCGGAAACAUGAGAUCCUCCGUGAGGAACUGCAUGAAGAGGGCACCGUCUGUGCAGAUGCCGUCCAGGAACGCCUUGGCAGCCAGAUUGGUGGCGCCACCACUCAGCGUCCUGUCCUUCCGCUGGUUGUAGAGCCGCCAGAUGAGCUGCAUCUCUGGCGAGAAGCAUGACUCCUUGCCCUGCACCGAGAAGGUCCCGUCGGUCUUGCCGCAGCAGUCGAUGUGCCCCACCUCCAAGACGUAGACCCUCAUGGGGUCCUUGUCGGUCUUGGCCGCGUCAUCCCUCUCAUACAGCGGCUCGUUAGCCAUCUCACCCGGUGUCGUGGCCGUCUCGGGUGGGCUGUCUGGUGCGCCGCUGCGUGACGGGCGAGAGCCGGUGUAUGGGGGCUGCAGUGGCUGGGGCGUGGAUGAGGGGCUGGGGGAGGGUGAGGCGUGACGGGCCUCAUCGGGCGACGACACAGUGGGCGGAUCGGCGCUGAUGGCCAACGCAGGUGCGGAGAUGGAGAGCAGAAUGCUGCAAAACAACUCACACAGGGGGAGAGAAGUCUUGAUGGAUCUUCCUGUGCAGAGUUGCUCUUGUGUUGCAUACUUGGUCCCGUUUUGGUCAGAAGUGAAGUAGGUCCUAAACGCCAUCUCGCCCUCCAUCUCCUGCCGACCCAGGUCCAUGAUGGCCCCCCAGUGAUCCCCUGCUGCCGCCUCCUGGACCAUCAUCUCAGGAGGCACGAGAGUCCUGUGAAUCUCCAGAAGCCUGCGCAGCAUGUCCAU